GUGCUGUGCACGUUUAGAAGGACCUAGAAACAACUCUGCCGGAAGAUCAUCUCCAAGAGACAUCCAUCUUUCCCACAACGAAGAGCUGCACCUGUGUGGAAGGAUACUCAUCCCGCGCAAUGCAUCCUCAACGGGUGGUUUUGGUGUGAGAGGAAGGAGGGAUUCUCUUGUGUGCUGAAGUACAUAGAAAAGGGAUUGCAUUUGGAAUAGUUCCUGUCCCACAAGACAUUUUAUUGUGUGCGAAUUUCGGCACUAUUGAAGAGAGAUUUUAGAGACGAGAGACACACCAGAGCAGCACUGUUGGGAAGAAUGUCGGAGGAUAUCUCAUCACAAACUAUGCCACCAAAAACCCGCAUGAAUCCACAGGAUUUUCGCAAUCAGGACCUCGUGAGUCGCCUCCUGGCAGCAACUCCCCCAUAUCUCUACUCCGCCCCCAUGGCUCCGCACAAUUUCUUCUUCAGCGAAAUGCUCCGUUCGUUGGUGCAGGCAAAGAACAACGAGGCCAAUAGUCGCCUACAGCAAACAACAGCAGUACCCCAUAUGCCAGCCACCCACCAUCCACACCAUCACGUGGGUAGGAGGCCAAGGAAGCGCUCCUGGAGUCACCACAGAAUCCCCUUUGAGCAUCAAAUUGUCACACCGCCCAAGGAAUUUGAGGAGAAGAUGGAGAAACCCCUCGAAUUGACCACAAAGGUGAACUCGUCCUUUGAUGGCAAAUCCUCAAAGCAGGAUUCACCCCCUGAGAAGAUAUCUCGUCUCGAUGAGGGGGAGAAAGUUCAAUCACCCCCGGAAACAUCCACACCACCGCCUGUGGAACAAUCACCAGCAACACUUACAUCCCCAUCUGACCUGGUGCUUCCUCCACCACCACCUGUCUGGUAUCCAUCCCUCUAUCCACCCUAUGGCAUUGAUCCGCUGCACUUUUUCAUUGAUCUCCGUGUUUCGGGGCACAUUCGCAGCAAGGAGAACACCUCACCAUCCUCCGCAUCCAGCACAUUCCGGCCAGAUAACAAUAAUUCCCAAUUUUUCGAUCUUGAAUCAAAAAAUCGCCACGGGUCAGCAUUUAGUAUCCCAACCCCCAGGGAGAGUAGUGCUAAAUCCCCCGGAGCUGUUAAUCUCUCAGCCACAGCUCAGGAUUCCGAUGAGAAGGAUGUCCUGUCGAAGAAUACCAACUACGUCAUGCAGAAUCUCCCGCGCAUCUACACGCACUUGAAUGCCCAUCACAAACUCCUGGAUGAUCAGGAGAAUCAUCGUCAGGAUUUCGGUGGAGAGGGGGAUGUGAGUGGGUCAGAGGGUGACUAUAAGCGUCCCCUGGAUGAGGAUGUCAUCGCUGUGGAUGAUAAUGAUAACUAAUAAAAAACAAAUACCUACCUAUAUGAUAAAUCUCAAUGUAAUCUGUAGUCUUCUGUGUCGAAUUUAAGAUAAAAAAAAAAUUGUAAAAAAAUGUAUUAUUGCUCUGAAUAAACUACAAGGGGUUGAUAAUUGGUAACUUUGGUGCACAUUUUUGAUUUUAACAAAGAAAAUGAUUGACUUUCAGGGAAAAUCUUACAGCAUAAAAAAGCUUUAAAUAGUGCAAGGAGAAGAUUUAUUCAGAAUUCAUUUUUUCGCUAAUCCAGUCGAGGUAGUGCAUCACAUUGACAAAGACUCCGGUCCUGCCAGCUGUUCCACAGGGUACCCAUGUCCAGCUAGUGACUCCGUGCACUUGAAUCUCUCCACUGGCAUUCUUCUGGACAAGAGGACUUCCGGAAUCACCGCUGCAGAUAGCCUUGGAACCAUUGGGCUCCCCAGCACAGAUGUUAGUUUUAUGCAUUGCAGAUCCAGGGUAAUCAUUGAAGCAUUUCUCCUCGGGAAGAAUUGGCAGUUCAGCUUUCAGAAGCUCAUCGGGGAAUGCUGGUAAGAAAAUGUUGGAGUAGGAGCCCCAUCCUGAGAUGGUAGCAUAACCAGUUGGG